CUACUGAACAUCCAACCUACCAAAGCCAAUCUUUCCACCAACAACACACCCAAUGUCCAACUCUUUAGAAGAUGACUUCCCCUGGCACUUCGGCGUCUUUGACGCGCACUGUCACCCAACGGAUAUCAUGUCGAGCAUCGACGCCCUUCCAAGCAUGAACGCCCGCUGCCUAACCGUAAUGGGCACGCGAGCGCAAGACCAGCACCUCGUAGCACAAGUGGCAGACAAGUACGGCGUCAAGAACCCAACGCCCUUUUCCGACUUCCUUGCCCAAACCCGCAGAAAUCUCGAAAAGUACCCGUUUGCGCUCGUCGGCGAAAUUGGUCUCGACCGCUCCUUCCGCAUCCCGGAGGCUAACCCAGGAGACCGCGAAGACAACGAACUCACACCCGGCGGCCGGGAAGGCAGACGGCUGACCCCAUUCCGCUGUGCGCCCGCACACCAAAAGGAGAUAUUCAAGCGCCAGUUGCAGCUCGCGGCAGAGCUCGAUCGCGGCGUAAGCUUGCACGGCGUGCAAGCCCACGGCCUGGUUUUCUCCACCAUCAAAGAACUGUGGCAAGAGCAUCAACUCCCUGUGCUCUCCAAGCGCGAGAGGAAGAAGCGCGAGACCGAUGGCCCCAGCGUUACUUCCCACGUUUCCUCACAGGGCGCGGAUAACGACAAACCGAGGCCAUUCCCGCCGCGUAUAUGCCUACACUCGUACUCCGGGUCCCCCGACGCGUUCAAGCAGUACCUCUCACCCUCCAUUCCUGUCUCUUUCUUCGCCUCCUUCUCCACCGCCAUUAAUCUGGGCAACGAUCUUGAGGGUGAGACGCCCGAAGCUUUCGUGCAGAUGAUCGAGACGGUGCCCGACGACAUGCUGCUCGUGGAGAGCGACUUGCACACUGCGGGUGCAGAGAUGGAUGAGAGACUGGAAGACAUGGUGCGGCGGAUCUGCGUGAUCAAAGGCUGGGGCCUGGACGAAGGCGUGAGGCGGUUGGGGGACAAUUGGAAGAGGUUUGUGUUUGGCGAGGGGUAA